UUCCAGUUAUUUCCCCUGUGAGCCUUCCUUUGUUAGAGGGUAGGGAUGAGUUACCUGGGCAAACUCCAGAGUUUGAGGAGUGAAUCUGUGGGAGUAGAGCCACAGGCUUCUGUCAGUGAGAACUGAACCUCCAUCAUUGAUAUUUUUGGGUUAAAUAUGGGAGAAAUCAGCUUGGCUGGAAAAAUGUUCAGCUGAGGUGUGAAAAAGCCUGAGUUUACAUGGGCAGGGAAGGGGGGAAAGAUUGGGGUGUUUUUCUGGAUGAAGUUUACCUAAAAAGUGAAGAGUCUGGGGCACAGCGAGGUGGUGAGGAAGAUCUCGAGUUGGAUUUGUAGCACCCGGGCUGUGGCAGUGCCAGGUGAGAGGAAUGUCCCCUCUUGGAAGGAGCCCAACUUCCUCAGUCACUUGGCACAAGCGGCAGGCACCUGUGUGAAUUGAUUUAACGUCAUUUUAUGGCUUUUUAACAUUCUUCUCUCUCCUUGCAGCACCGCCGCCUCCCUGGGACCCAGCUCUUCGUGUUCCCCGUUUUCCCAGGGCCCGCGGCUCUCGCUGGCGCCCCGGGAGCCCCUCCGGGCGCGGGGAGUGCUGAACGAACAGCUCCGCUCACCUGCGCGCGGGAUCGCGGAGCUGGUGGUGUCCCCCUUUCCUUGCACAUCCCAAAUUUUCACCUUUUCCCCCCCUAUUUUUUAAAUUAUUUUUUUUUCCCUUCCUCCCCCACCCCGGCGGGUUUCCCGCGCGCGCGCACGGAAGGGGGGGGGUGAAUGGCGCGCGCGCCGCCCCCUCCGCGCGCCCCCCCCCCCAAACCCCAUCCCCUCCCUCCCCGCCUUGGCCCCACCCCACGUGACCCCCGCGGGCCAAUGGGCGCGCGGGGCGGCGGGGAUCCGGCUGGAACCGGUUGGGCCGCGUCCGGCUCUAUAUAAAACUUUAUAAACACCCGAUUCCAAUUAGUGGGGUCGGGAGCAGCGCAGCCCGCCGGGUAGAGCCCCGCCGCACCGCUUCCCCCGCACCGCUUCCACCGCGCAGCGCCCGCCGCCCCCCGCGCCCAGCGCGCCCGGCUCCCUCACCCCCGCCUCCCUCCCUCCGCCGCCUCCCUCCGCCCCCUCACGCCGCCCAGCGCGCUCCGCUCUCCCUCACUCAUACACACACACACGCACACACGCGCGCGCACACACACGGAGCCAUGCCGAAGAGAAAGGCUGAAGGAGAGACCAAGGGCGAUAAGGCCAAAGUUAAGGAUGAGCCACAGCGGAGAUCAGCGAGGUUAUCUGCUAAGCCAGCUCCUCCAAAGCCAGAGCCCAAACCUAAAAAAGCAGCUCCAAAGAAGAGUGAGAAGGUGCCCAAGGGGAAGAAGGGAAAAGCUGAUGCUGGCAAGGAAGGAAACAACCCUGCAGAAAAUGGAGAUGCCAAAACAGACCAGGCACAGAAAGCCGAAGGUGCUGGUGAAGCCAAGUAAAACUUGUGAAUUUUUGAUAACUGUGUACUUCUGGUGACUGUACAGUUUGAAAUACUAUUUUUUAUCAAGUUUUAUAACAAUGCAGAAUUUUGGUUUACUUUUUUUUAAGCUAUGUUGUUAGCACACAGACUGCUUCAUUGUUGUGUUCUGGGGGGGUGGGGGGCAAUGGGGACAAAUGUCACUUAGUCUAUUUCUCAAAACCUAAAUUUUAAUAAGAAAAGCUUUUGCCAGUCCCCCAGUUUUUGGAAGAAGGGCCCUUCCUGCAGGGAGGAAGAAGGGAUUCCCCCGUGCUGCGUGUCAGUUCUGUCCAAGUGAACAUCAAAGCUCCCAAGGUGCUGUUUCCUGCUCCAAAUCCCAAUGCCAUCAGUUCUCCUUUGGUGUCCCCCUGUUCACCCAGAGCCCAUCACUCCAAACCACAGCAGAACUGGCAUUUUGGGACACCACGGUCAGAUGCUCUGGAUUUCUGGUGUCCAGUCCGGGAUACACUGGCUCAAAAAGGAGCUGCACUUCCUCUUUUCUAUUGUGGAUCCUCAGAUAAAGAAACCUGCCUUUAAAUUUUAUUUUCUCUCAAAGUCAGGGUGGGUUUGUGCAGUUGUCAGACAACGUACGGAUGUGAACGUGUCCACCCUCACUCUAAACUUUGCCCUCUACAAGUGUGAGCUGAACAUUCUUACGGUUUUUAGCAACUUCUCCAUUUUAGUAGUCCACAAAGGGAGGGGAGUUUGACAGUUGUUGUAAAAUGUUGCAGAUUGUAGCCCAUGUCCUGCCUAAAAUUACCAUGAUUGUUCAUGAAAAGUACCUUUAAUAAAGCUGGAUACGGUUUGGCUUGGA